AUUGAAACCAACCCUAAGCUCCUUGUUCCUCCAUUCUAAAGAUAGCCCCGAUUAUUGCUGACUUAAGCAUCAGAGUGUCUACCCCGAGGAUUCACCUCAGGGCUUUGCAAGUCAAUCCAGAGUGCAGAUACGGACUGAAGAAGGACUUCUGGUUUGGUGCAGUUACAUUUUGGCGCCGUCUGUGGGAAACUGAACUAAAGGCUCCCUUGUUGCUCUUAUCAUGGUUAAAACUAGGUCAGCCCGAGGUGGAAACUCGUCUCAGCCUCUUGGACGAGGUCAGGUCCCCAGCAACCUUCCACCUCAUUCCCCACCCCCAAUCCCAAAUACGUUCCCUCCUAUUGAUCAUGUAAAAGGAGAAGAUGAAAAUCAGCCACACAAUUCGGCUAGCAACUCAGCUUCUACUGCUAACCAAGACGUAGUUGCAACUCAGCUCGCUGCCAUGCAACAGCAAUUUGGUGGCCAAUCUCACAUUGCACCAGCUCAGCAACCCCCUCAUGAUGAUGUCACUCGAUGUCUAGAUAGCCUAGAAAAGCUAGUGGUUGAACAGCGAGGUGUUCCACCUCCACACCCUGCUGCUGAUUCUAUACCCCACCCUCUCAACACCAAUAUUAUCCUGGAACCCUAUCCCACUGGCUUCAGAAUACCACAGCUUGAAACUUAUGAUGGGACGAAGGACCCCGAUGAUCAUCUACAUGCUUUCUACUCCUGCAUGCAGGCCCAGAACGCCUCUAAUGCGUUGAUGUGCAAAAUCUUUCCCUCUACCCUCCGAGGUAAUGCUCGAACCUGUAGAAGGUUGAUCAGGAAAACCACUUCUGAGCUGAUGCGAGUUAAGCAGAGAGACGGAGAGUCUUUGAAGAAUUUUAUGAGCAGAUUCAAUGAUGCAGUGCUGGAGGUUAACUCUUUUGACCAAGCUGUGGGAAUUAUAGCCGUGAUCUUAGGUCUUAGCCAUGAGAGAUUCAGAGAUAGUCUACUCAAACAUCCUGCUAACACCUUCAGCGAGGUGAAUGAUAGAUUGUUGAAAUUCAUAACUGUUAAGGAAUAUGCCCUGUCGCAGAACCUAACUCCUAUUAAGAGCCAACACCCGGACUGGAGAGAUGAGAAUCCGAACAGGAAACGGAUGAAGACAACACAGAACUGAAGUCCGAUGUCGACUUCCACCCUG